AUGGUCGCCAUUAAAUAUGCCUUCGCAGCAGCAGCUUGCGUAGCUUCUACCGCUGCCAUUGAGGUCUCUGUCAGCUCUUCUGGAGGCAAUGCAACCGGCUAUGGACAGACUAGGUACGGCUUCUUGCACGAAGACAUCAACAACUCUGGUGAUGGUGGCAUCUAUGCCGAACUCGUGAGGAACCGAGCAUUCCAAUAUUCCAGGAAGUAUCCAGUCAGCACGGAUGGCUACUACAGCAUCAAUGGCGCAAAGCUCAGCAUCCAAAUGCUUGACGAGCCGCUCUCCGAGGCGUUGCCGGCUUCCAUGCGUGUCAAGGCUCCUAAAGGCGGAGGUGUUGUUGGCUUCGAGAACGAGGGCUACUGGGGCAUGGAUGUCAAGCAGCAGCCGUACUCCGGAACUUUCUGGGUCAAGGGCGAAUAUCACGGCCACUUUACCGCCUCGCUGCAGUCGAACCUGACGGACGCUGUCUUCGGGUCUACGAAGGUUAAGUCCAAGUGCAAGACCGGCGACGAGUGGGUUGAGCACACCUACGAGCUGGUGCCAACGAAGGAUGCCCCGAAUAGUAACAACACCCUGGCCAUCACAUUUGAUGCUGCUGGUGCUCCUUCUGGCCACCUUGACUUCAACUUUAUCUCACUCUUCCCGCCAACUUUUAAAGACCGCAAGAACGGUCUGCGUGUGGAUGUGGCCGAGACGCUGUAUGGAUGGAGUUCCGUCAUUCGCUUCCCGGGUGGCAAUAUGCUUGAGGGCAACACCAACCGAUCCUAUUGGAAUUGGAAAGACUCGAUUGGGCCACUCAUUGAGCGACCUGGAUUCGCUGGCGUCUGGGGCUAUCAGCAGACUCAUGGACUGGGUUUGCUCGAGUAUCUCGAGUGGGCAGAAGACUUUGAGGUGGAGUUUGUACUUGCGGUAUACGCCGGCCUGUCACUCAACGGAGACAUCACCCCUGAGGACAAAUUGCAGCGAUUCAUCGAUGAAGCUCUGGAAGAGAUCGAAUUCGUCCGCGGUCCUGCCGACUCUACCUGGGGCUCCCGCCGUGCUGAGCUGGGACACCCAGAGCCUUUCACCCUCGAGUAUGUCGAAGUGGGCAACGAAGACUGGCUCGCCGGCGGGGAUAAGGGGUGGAAUGCUUACUUCAGAUACCGCUUCCCGCUGUUCCAGCAAGCAAUCAAUGAGGUGUACCCAGACAUCGAGAUCUUGUACUCCGGUUCGGCGUACGAUACCAGCAGCCCAGGCAACUAUCACCCACCGCAGAACCCUGCCAUUGGCGACUAUCAUCCGUAUCGUGAACCUGACGAUUUAGUUGAUGAGUUCGACCUCUUUGACAAUCAGACCGUGAGACAUAUCGUCGGAGAGGUGGCAGCCACCUUCGUGAACAACGGCACAGGUUUCGACGGAGACCUCCACCCCUUCCCAUGGUGGAUCGGCACUGUUGGCGAAGCCGUCAGCAUGAUCGGUUACGAGCGCAACGCUGACCGUGUACUCGGGACGUUCUAUGCACCUGUUCUCCGCAACAUGAAUCGCUGGCAGUGGUCUAUCACCUUGGUCCAGUUCGCAGCCGACCCAGCUCUUACUACGAGAAGCACCAGCUGGUAUGUCUGGGACCUAUUCGCUCUUCAUCCGAUCACGCAUGUCUUGCCUGUUGAAAGCCCAGCGGGCUACGGCCCUCUCUACUACGGAGCGGGUACAGACGAGGAACGAGACGGAGCAAUGGUCUGGAAGGGCGCAGUCUACAACUCCACCAACAAAGCCGACGUCCCCAUCUCCGUGGCAUUUGACGGCGUCAAAGCUGGUACGAAGGCUGUUUUGGACAUGCGCACGCAAGCUGAGGGUAAUCCCUGGGCUUACAACGACCCCUUUACUGGAGUCAACGUGGUAUCAACCACCACCGAGGUCAUCACGGCGAAUGCGGACGGUGUGUUCGAGUUCAGCAUGCCGAAUUUAAGCGUUGCUGUGCUUGAUACUGAUGUGUCGUCUGCUGGCUCGUCGUCGCCUUCUGGUGGUAAGAAGCACGGCGGGCCGGGUCAUAAGGGGCAUGGUCGUCCAGGCAAGCCGCCAGGGUUCAGGCCAAAGUUGUAA